GCUCUGGCCUCGAUGAAAGCGCGGUGGGGCAUGGCGUCGCCUGUGCCGAUCAACACGGCAGCGAGAUUGAGUGACGACCAGCUCAGUGUCAUCGCAUGUUUGUGCGAGAUUCGGCUCAACAUACUGGCGUGCGACCUCGUGAUAUGGGGCCCUCGUGAUUCCCGCUGCCAGCGGAUCACAGCUAUCACGGCGCACCACCGCAACGACAACGGGGAGUGGAUCCCGAGGCGUUUCGACGGCCCCGGUUGCGUGGACGACUGGCUUGGUGCCUGGAACUUUGCGGUCUCUGGCUGCCAAGCCGCAGGGUGCAUCGACAAGGCCAUCGCCGAGGCAUACAGAGACCAUUCCGCGAGCAUGGCGAGGUCCUUCCCGGGAGCUGACGCGUGGGCGUUGUGCGUGGAGAGCGACUGGACGUUCAGGUUCGAGUUCGCGCCGGACGAGCGGGACCGCCAAGCCGCCGCGUACGCGCAGGCGCCACAGUUCUUGUACUAUGAUGCCGAGAAGCCGUGGAACGCAGCGACGCCGACUUUGGCGGAGUCUCAGGCCGCCGCCGUCUCACAGACUGCCGGGGCCGAGGGGCCCCAGAAGCGCGCCGUCGACGCCAGAGCGGGCCGCUGGGGCUCCCAGAGCAACGCGCCGCCGACGCCCAGCAGGCAGGAGAGCAGCUGCCCAGAGCGGAGCCCCGGCGGACGCAGGCACUGGUUCGAGCGCACCGCCACG